AAGUGGGGCGGAUGGCAGAAAAACAGCGGCGAUGGACAUUACACCGCAGGAUUCCCAUUUAUGAUGUCGUUAAAUAAGCAUCGGGACAUCGCGCUUUCACACCCAUCACCGUAGGACACUGACAGCCCAACGCAAAGGGGAUGCUGUACUUUCACCGCUCCCUGCACUCUCCAGUCCAUAAAUGACCCUUUCACCGAGAUCCCAGGAAGCCUAGGAGGCGACGGCGAAUGAAAUAAGAAGAGGAGCAAGCGAAAUAAGGAAACAAGGAGAGGAAGUGGCUACAUUUCACCUCAGCGCUUUUGUCCCCUUCUGUGCCAGUCGGUCAGGGAUGGUGAGACCAGUAACCUCUGUUCCCUGCGGUGAAAAGAAGCUCCCCUCCAACAAGCCAAACAGCCAGUACGAUAGCCAAACAGACGCCCAGACAGUCCACCAGUCAGUCACUCCGUCAACCAGCCUGCUAUCAUCCAGCAACCUAUUACCUCACGCCAUGACUGCUCUGUCUGACCUGUUUUUAGGAACUCACUAAUUCAUGCCCCGGAGUGUGAGUGGAGUGGAGAUGAGAAAAAGGCAGGCGGCGCACAUCGAGGCCCCACCCCAGGCCCCUGGACAGCCCCGACCCAACACCUGCUGCCUCUGCUGGUGCGGCUGCUGCAAGUGUCUCUGGAAUGAAGACAGGAUGGAGCGGAGUGAACGACAGACCUGCACCAAGAUGGACAGUAUUGAAGCUACGGAAGAACAACAUCCCAGUCUAGACGAGGCGCUGUCGUGGGCACGGAGCUUUGAAAUGAUGCUGCGCUCGCUUGAGGGCCGGGAGGUCUUCCGGGAGUUCCUGCGCUCGGAGUACAGCGAGGACAACCUGCUUUUCUGGUUGGCCUGUGAAGAGCUGAAGAAGGAGACGACUCCCUCGGUGGUGGAGGAGAAGUCCAGGAUCAUCUAUGAAGACUACGUGUCCAUAUUAUCACCCAAAGAGGUGAGUCUGGACUCGCGGGUCAGAGAAGGAAUAAACCUGAGCCUGGCGGAGCCCAGCAACAUGAUGUAUGAGGAGGCCCAGUUUCAGAUCUACACCCUCAUGCACCGCGACUCCUACCCCCGUUUCCUCAACUCCUCCGUUUACAGAGACCUCCUGGCCAACAGGAGGCGCACCUGCCUCGACACCUAGACCCCUCCACCCUCCCUCAUCGCCAUCGUACGCCAACGAGACUACUACUUAAACUUCAAAUACUACUAUGGUGCCAGAAGUCGGGUUUGGAAAAUCUCUCCCUCUUUUUUGAUUGAAACGACUGAGUGACAUCUGAGAUAGCUGGUUGUUUUUUUAUUUAUAUUUUUUAAGCAAUUUAUAUCCAGUUCUCCACUGGAGCCAGGUCGGCCUUUGCUGGUUGGUUAUUGGUCGAUUUAAGACCAUUAAUUAAUGCUGGCCAGUGAUUGUUUUGCUAGCAAAUUUGUGCUGUUUGUUAACGGUUGACCGGCCAACCCGCUUGUCAGCUGUCGGUAAAGACGGCCAACCCGAUGGCCAGCUGCUGGUUAACUGUGGACACGAACUCCUCAGGCGGUGAGGACAGAGAGAGAGAGAGAGAGAGAGAGAAAAGACAGGCCAACUGUUCGUGUACUGUAAUAUUUAGACCUCAUGCUUUCACGCUCACUUUAAAACUCUCUCUCUUUGCUCAUUCUUUCAUAUGUUUUUCUAAUUCUGUCUCAUUCCUCAGAUGUGUUAAGUUUUAUUCCUUUGCUGUCCAAACAUGAUACCUAGUUGUUGGUGGGAGUUGGGGCGUCUAGGCCCGUUUAACCGGCGGAAGCACCGGCUCUGCAUGUGACUCUCUCUCUCUACAGUAGCUUGACGAUGUAAGCCGCGGACUGCAACCGUUUUUGAAUAUUGAGUUAAGACAGGGGACCUGUCUGUCUCUGUCUGGAUGUCUGUAUUCAGUGAAGGGAAAAAGUACACUUCUGCCAAUUUUAAGCUUACUGCAGUUUUUUUUCUAAUUGAGAUUUGACGGCUUCUGCAGCAAAGGCAGCAGCAGCCUUUACCCAUCCAUCCAUCCAUCCAUCCGUCCGUCUGUCCAAGCACUUUCCUUCUUUAGGAUUCUUUAACUGGGAGAAGUAAGGGCUAGAAUUGUGGUUGGGCAGCUACAUGUAUUAUUAUUACUACUCAUGAACUUUAGACAAAAAAUUUCUCCACUGAGAAAAUCACAAUGCCUUUACAUGUAAGAAAAGGCAGCACAAGCGCUGCAGUUUUGGUUUUUUUUUGUCCUGGAAAGCAACCACAGUUUGUCCAACAAUUCCCUACCUCCCAUCUUUUUCCUCCUCCUCCUCCUCCUCCUCCUCCUCCCUCCAACUCAGACCAUCACAGCCUGACAAGCACAGGUGCCCAGUGUGGGGAAAGAAAAAAAACUCCUAAAUAGUCAUCUACAUUUUGAAAUUGUUGUGCAGAAAAAAGGGGGUUUAUGAGCAUUAGGGAAAGCUGGUUCUGUGUGGAGAACCAGAUUUAGCAGAUGUUAUUGGGAGGGUUAUUAAGCCCUGGCCUUUGUCUUUAAGGCUCUAGCUCUAGCUGCUGUAGUCCCUGGAGUUGGACAUCCAGCUGCAGAUUCGUGACCCGGGUGCCAAACAUGAUGUCAAAGAUGCUGUGAAGAGAUAUCAGAUGUGACCGGCUGCUGAGUCUCGGCCACUCUGGUGCAUGUCUGGAGCUGGAAGAGUGUAGUCCUUCAGUAAGCUACUGCCCAUUCAAGACACUCAUUUUUGUACCAGAGCUAGUGAGGAGGGUUGGUGUAAUAAUGCUAACAUGCUAGCAAAGACGUUGCUACACGCUAGCCUUCUCAACGCUGCUAACUAGGUUUCAGCAUGCUGUAGGCGAGCAGUGAGCAUGCUUGUGCUAGCCAUGCUAACCCCCACCCCACUGCCAGCCCUCACACACUCUGGUUUGUUUUUCUAAUCUGACUUUGACAGCAUGCGUUGAUAAUGGUUAUGUGUGUGUGUAUGGUGCAGUUACACACUUAACAUAAAAAUUUAGAAAAAAAAAUAAAAAAUUAAGGGGGUCUUGCCAAAUGUCCCAUUAACACUUUAAGUAUAUAAAAGGACAUUUUUUUGUUAUUUUUUAAUGAUGUGAACAUUCGUUCCCGGCCUGUGGAUGUGCAGUAGAAAGUGCAUGAGUGCAGUAUAUGCUAUUUUGUUCAAUUAACUUGGCCUACAAGUAUUUUUUGUGUCACAUGACGGAGCGCUGACCUCUUGGUUAGUCUAAAAAGUGUCAACGAAACAGUGCCACUCCUCACUGAUAAAUGUAGGCAUCCGUAUUGCCACCUCCUUUAAACUACCUGAAGUUCACGUGCCAAGUUUGGUCUAGAUUAAAUUUAAGAGUAGCCGGCGCAGGAUGUAUAGCAGACUAUUGAAGUGCAAUUGGAUGUAGUUAGUGAUUAUAGAUUGGAGUCUGUUUGAAGCAGUGUCCCAUUAUGUUAGAUUGCUGUUGAGUUGUCAGAAGUUUAGCUUGUUAAUCACUAAACACGACACUUUUUAGGACACUCGAAAUGUUUUAAUGGUACUGUUGGAUGAUUCAGGAAACUGUCUGCGUGUAGUGUGCAUUUGCACGUUUUACUAGAGGACUUGAAUAAGGAAACAGGUCAUUCAAUUCAUCUUUAAAGUCUGGGUAAAGCAAAAAUAAAUAUGUGUAUUGAGUCAUAACACAGAAAAAUGUGCCACUUACACUCAGCCAAAUUUGACUCUAAGAAAAAAUGCCAAGAAUGUAAAAACAGAAAGGCUGUCAAAGGAUUAAGAUUUUUAUCAUGAUAAUUGCUGAACUUCAGUAGUUAACCGUUAUUAACCACAUUAUUUUUUGCAUGUUUACAGUUCCAUUAUUUUACAUUUCAAAACCGUUUUGAAGUCCAUAUUAAAUGCAAGUUUGUCCAUAUUGUCUUGAUUGAUCAAAUGACAGCAUUUGUCGACUGAUGUUGGCUGGUCUGCAGUCAGUUGCCACACAUCUAGCCAUGCUGUGGUUGACAGCUUUAGUUUUAUCCACAGGUCUGUGGCGAUUCACACACUCCAGAACAGGGCUUUUCCCUCUUUGGUGAUGCAGUUGCCCUCUGACAUUAGUCUGGUUAGCUGCAUCUGUAUGCUCAGCUUGAAGAUUGUAGCAAUUUCUAGCCCAAAAUUUGCAAAAAUAUUCAAAUAUCACUGUUAACACCGACAGCCCUGAAAAUAGGUUUUGAAAAAUGAGCAGUAUUAUCUGCUCUAAGUCGUUGGGGGAUUGUCAAACUACAUGCUUGAUGCGAGCAGCGAGUUUGCGAUGUUCACAAGCUCUCUCAGCUUUUACAGUCUAAUGAUGACAUAAAUAAACAACUCUCUUAAAUGCCAUGAUCAUAAACACAAGCAGAUUAUCCGUCACUAACGUACCUUUCGGUCUUUUUUUGCAUGAGUCGGCCCG